UUCAUAUAUUUUAAAUAACAAUGCCCUAUAUUCAAUUGUUUUUUUAAGUGCAGUCUCCAGCCUGAAAUAACUUUGUACCUGGCUUCCCCGUCUUUCUAUGAAGAAGGUCCAUUACCAGAAACUUCACCCAUUACGGUAAUAUAUGUUUUCUUUUAAGGCAGUGUUAUAGACGAAUGUGUGGAGUAAUUUCUUGUUAGUUGUGCUUGUGCACCACUGACAACGCUGCAUGCUUGUGCAGACACUGAAAUAGUGGACUAGCAAGUACAUUUAACGCUAUUGGCAUAUUGCUAUAUAUUUUUUACUUUUAGUUUUCUUGUCAUAUGUUGGUUGUUAGGUUUAUAGAACGGCCACUUUACUCCCUUCUUCCUCCUACUUUCCCCUUCUCUCUCCCUUUCCCUCCUCCUUUUUGUAGUUUUUGGUGUGUUGUUAUUCGCAGCGUUCUGCACGGUGAUACAUACACAUUGAGAUAAUUUAUCAGUAUCUGCUGUUGUUUUAUUGUGGUAAAUGGAAGGUUUCUUUUUGAAAAAAAAAAUCAACGGUAUAGGUCAAGGAUGGCCAAGUCAUAGCGAGCGAGUCACGUGCAGAUUCCUUGCAGGUAUUUCAUGUGCGUCUCGAUUUAACGAUGUGAACACAGCUCAUGUUUAACUUUUCACAGUGACCUUGUUGGAAAAAGGAGAACAUCUGCAAAAACAGGAGCAGCCUUGCUGAAACUUGCCCCUGGCAGCGGAGCCAGACAAAAUUCCACAGCCAACCAGAAGCAUGUCCACCCGACAGGCGCACUCCAAGUCUCUUGAAGCACUUGGCCAUAUGAUGAUGUUGGCAUGAGCCUCAUGAGGUCAGGAGUUUGACACCCUUCCAAAUGUACAGUAUCUAGAGUACAUAUCUGGCCACAGACUAUGUUCUCAUGAGUUAAUUAGUUCAAUACAUCGCUUAAUUAUUAUCCCUAUUCUAUGAACAUUAUGGGAUGUCAACAAAUCACUUAGUGGGGAAAUUGACGGCAUAGACGCGCAUAAUUUCGCAUUUAGCCUCCACGGCCACGCCACAAUGCACGGUAGGAGAAGGUUCCCCUCAAUCACAAUUAAAAUGCUGUCCUAAGCUGCUUUGCUCCAACAAAAAAUGCCCUCAUUACACCUCGUAAUGCGCUGGGUCACGCGGCGUUUUGUCAUUUUGAGCUGACCACUGUUCGCAACAGGACAAUUUGUGGAGGGGUAUAAAAUGAGGAGGCUAUUUGAGCCAGCCCCAGUGCGGUCUGCGUGUGUGUGCGGUCUGUGUGUGUGUGUGCCCUCACAUUCAAUCAACCGCAUCGCACAUCCGGCAACGCUUUUUACAUCUGCCUCCGGACGUGAUACGAACUUGCUGCGACUCUCGCUUCUGCGCUGUGCCGAUAACAAAGAGUUACGCUAGGGAGCUCUGUGGACACCAUGCCUGGGGACAGGUCACUGUGUCACCCUCCGGAUGGGAGAACCGUCUACGACUUCUCCUGCAAGACCCUGGAGGGCAGCCGCGUGUCCCUGGGGAAGUAUCGCGGGCAGCUGGCGUUGAUCACGAACGUGGCAUCCUUCUGAAGCCAGACAUCAAAGCAGUAUCCACUGCUGAAUGCACUCAUGAGCGACUUCUCUCGCUUCGGAUUCACUGUCCUGGCCUUCCCCUCCAAUCAAUUCGGCUUGCAGGAGCCAGGAAAUAACAAUGAGAUCCUGAACUGCAUCAAACAUGUGAGGCCUGGAGGUGGAUUCGUGCCCAACUUCCCCAUUUUCUCCAAGGUGGAUGUGAAUGGAGAUGAAGCAGACCCUCUCUUCAAGUAUCUCAAGGACUCCACCACGGAGGUGGUGAACAAAAUUGAGGAUGUCUCCAAUAUCUUCUGGAAGCCACUCCGGGCCAAUGACCUCCGUUGGAACUUUGACAAGUUUCUGGUGGAUCAUCUGGGGCGCCCCAUCAUCAGAUAUGACAGGUUGACUUCGUUUGACGUCAUUCGGAAGGACUUGGAGGAGAUCCUCGGCUGUAGUGGAAGUGAAAGUCAUCCAUACCACAUUUACCGGCGCUAAUACCAGUCCAUUCAAGACAUCUCGACGCAAUGCGGGUCUUCAGUAAUUAUGAUCACCAUCACGGAGAAAGCCCGUUUAAAAUCCACGUGCAACACGCAGUUUAUCACGUAAACACAUUAAAAACAUGUAACAUUUUAAAAGGCUAGAAAAAAAUCUCACGUUUAAUUCCUCGGCUAAAUAUCGUUUUCAGAAAAAUUAAACAAAAUUUGACCUUUUAUUUAUAGCGAAACGGAACCGGCUCGAACAGAUAAUAAUACCAGUGACACAGUAACGUGUGCCCGGAAAUCAACGAUAGUAUUACUGCAUUUAAAUUGACACCAGUACGGGGGAUGAGGGGUGGAUUUAAAAAAUAUAACCUUAAUAAUCAUCACAUCCACGUGACUGAACGCAGCAAGCCGCCAGGCAUUUAGCUGUCAUGGGUUCAUGUCAUAUUGCCUCAUCAUCAGCUCAGGUUCACAUGCGCCGUAACCGUGCAGAAAGAUUGCCGGUGAUGUCCUUAUUAACCAAAAAAAAAGACAAUCAUGAAAUCAAGGAGAGAUUUUAACAUUGGCCAUGUCGCGGUUGGCUGGGUUGACGAUUUUUGUUUGCUGUGCGCACCAGCGGAUUGGUUGGCUGUUGAUGAAGAGCUCUUGGCAAAAGGCAGAUGAUGCCCCCUGAGAGUCUCCGAUGGAAAUUGGUGGACUAUUGGGGUGAAAGUAUUCACUUGAAAUCAACAACUCAGUGUUCGAUGGCAACAGGGGCUGGACAUCUCGCCCGAUUUUAAAGACGAAGUGCAUUCAGCCGGGCGAAAUGUCGCUCCCCGCCUCUGUGCCUGGGACCCCCAUGUUCAUUUAAAAAAAGUCAGCCUCGCAGGGACGCACGUGAGUCAAAACGACACCCGGUACACGGCAAGCAUCUGACCGCGUGUCUUCUUGAAAACGAAGCAACCAUGCAAAAUAAAGGUAAUGAUUACU